GGACUGCUGCUGCCCUCAGAAAAGAUGGCCGCCAGGUGGUUAGCACGGUGCUCUGUCACGGUGGGGCUGCCCGUUUCAUCCGGAGAAACACAGAGGCUGGGACUGUCACUCCACAUCUUCGGAAGACCAGCCCAUUUUGCAAACAGUAGCUGGUACACUGUAGCUGUAGGCUCCUUUGGAAACUUGGGGGGACACAGCUGAACAAGUGAGUGUGGACGUGAACUCCCUUCCCUUUUUGUGAAUAACAGCAACCCCCCUGUGAGGACGGUGCAGCGUGGCAGGCUGGUCCUGGACACCUGCUGUCCUUGUCAGCGUGUCCUAGACAGAUAGGUCCCCUGGGUUUGUGAGGUACAUCAUGUGUGAAACAGGGGCGUGGAAUUUCCUCACACGUCCUGUAAUUGAGGAAACUGUGUACAGACUGUCCCAUUCAAGCACACAAAGUCAGAAUAGCUCUGCAGGCUGUCACAGUACAUCUGGGGUAACAAGGAUGGGGCAGCUAGGUGGAUUCCCCGUUGUAUGUUUGAAGAGCUCGUGUUUCUGAUGUUUUUAUUCUUUGUUUCAGGAUUCAGGCAUAUCUGGAAGGAAGAGAAGAGCCAGCACAUCUUUAACUGAUGAUGAAGUGGAAGAUGAAGAAGAGACGAUUGAAGAGGAAGAGGCAAACGAAGGGCUGGUGGACCACCAGACAGAGCUGUCCAAUUUAGCCAGAGAAGCUGAGUUGCCCUUACUUGAUCUGAUGAAGUUGUACGAAGGUGCCUUCUUGCCGAAUUUUCAGUGGCCGCAACCCAGACCUGACAGUGAAGAGACAAGCGAAGAAGAAGAUGUGGAAGACAACCCAAGAGACAGGGCGAGUCGGAAGGAUCUGGUGCUCAUAGAUUCUCUGUUCAUCAUGGACCAGUUUAAGGCUGCAGAGAGGACGAACAUCGGGAAGCCAAACACAAAAGACAUCGCAGAAGUGACCGCCGUGGCCGAGGCCAUCCUGCCCAAGGGCAGCGCUCGAGUCUCCACCACGGUGAAGUAUAACACCCCGUCUCUGCUGUACGGGGCGCUCCGAGACUACCAGAAGAUCGGGCUGGACUGGCUGGCCAAGCUCUACAGGAAGAGGCUCAAUGGCAUCCUGGCUGACGAGGCGGGGCUCGGCAAGACCGUGCAGGUGAUCGCCUUCUUUGCGCAUCUCGCCUGUAAUGAAGGUAAUUGGGGCCCCCAUCUUGUUGUUGUGAGAAGUUGUAACAUACUCAAGUGGGAGCUCGAGCUGAAGCGUUGGUGCCCCGGGCUAAAGACCCUCCUGUAUGUCGGCAGCCACAGAGAACUCAGAGCCAAGAGACAGGAGUGGACAGAGCCCCACAGCUUCAAUAUCUGCAUCACGUCCUACAAGCGGUUCUUCAAGGGCUACCACUCCUUUGCCAAGGUGCGGUGGAGGUGCCUGGUCAUCGAUGAGAUGCAGCAGGUGAAGAACAUGACCGACAGGCACUGGGGAGCCGUCUUCAAUCUGCGCAGUCAGCAGCGCUUGCUUCUGAUAGACGCACCUUUGCACAACACCUUCCUGGAGCUGUGGACCAUGGUGCACUUCCUCAUCCCAGGGAUCUCCAGACCCUACCUGAACUUCCCUCUGAAAGCUCCCAAUGACGAGAACCAGGACUACUACCACAAGGUGGUGAUCCGGUUACAUCGGGUGACCCAGCCGUUCAUUUUGAGGAGAACUAAGAGAGAUGUGGAGAAGCAGCUGACCAAGAAGUACGAGCACGUGUUGAAGUGCCGCCUCUCCAGCCGGCAGAAGGCCCUGUAUGAGGACGUCAUCCUCCAGCCUGGCACUCAGGAGGCCCUGAAGAGCGGGCACUUUGUCAACGUCCUCAACAUCCUCAUGAAGCUGCAGCGGAUCUGCAACCACCCGGGGCUCGUUGAGCCCCGGCUGCCAGCCUCGUCAUACGUCGCUGGCUCUCUGGAGUACUGGUCCGCCUCUCUGGUUCUCAAGGCCUUAGAGAGAGACUUUUGGAAGGAAGCAGACCUUUCUGUAUUUGAUCUUAUUGGGUUAGAGGAUAACCUCACUCGCCACGAGGCAGAAUUGCUGUCAAAGAAAAAGGUGACUCGGAAGCUCAUUGAAGAGAGCUUCACCUCACCCCUGCCGUCAGCCAGGCCUGUUGCAGUAAAGCUGAAGCCGAGCAGAGCUGUCUCAGACGACACCCGCAUGACGGGCACAGAAGGGGAGCAUGGGGCCCGACCACAGCUUUGCUGUGGUGCUUGUAAACCAUCCGUGGUUUUGCGGGCUGCGCUCCUGGUGCUGGUGCCCCUGGCCCACAGCUGCCCCGCGCUCUGUGAGGCUGGCCGCCUGUGCCCCAGCGUCUGA